UUUUUUUUUUUUUUUUUUUUCAUUUUAAAAAUGCCACUUGCAGAUACGUAUCGUAAUAAAGAAAAAGGAAGCUUUGGCGUGUUGAAUUUUCGCGAUUUAGGAAUCUCGACAGCGGACAACGCCGAAAACAAAAAAUAUAUAAAGGAAGGACUCAUUUUUCGAUCAGCUACACUAGAUAAUAUGAGUCAAGAAGAGGUCGAUGAAUUUAUCAAGGCACACAAAAUCAAAACUAUUCUAGAUUUACGCACUGGAAUAGAAGGCAAAGGAGGAUUACCUAUCGACAAAAGCUUUCCUACUUCAGCACUUGAUAACCUAAAGCCUACAGCCAUGUUGAAAGAAGACAUUGAGCCACGUGCCAAGAUAAAAACAGAAGUAGGAUCAGUAGGAUCUACUUUGCGUAAAAAGUAUAAAAUCGACUUUGCUGGAAAGAAUUUUCAGAGAUACUGCGUUUUCGCUUCAUGUCCACUUUCAUUAAAGUGUGAUAGAUAUGUCAUCCUCUUGAUGAUAUUUUGUCAGCGACAAAAGGCCGCUUAUAUCAUCGGUAAAGAGAUAUUGUCCAAGAUGGGCGUCAAACAAAUGUAUAAAGAGUUUGCUGUUUACUGUCAAGAAGAGAUCCGUGAAGCACUCAUGGUAUUCACGGAUCCAAGGAAUUAUCCUAUUGAAAUUCACUGUACGCAAGGAAAGGAUAGAACAGGUAUGGUUGCUGCCUUUGUUCUGUGUAUCGCUCGCGUGCCUGAAGAUAUCAUUGUAAAUGACUAUGCAAAGACACAAAAGGGACUAGCACCUGUGUAUAAAGAAAUGCUAGAAGAUGUUAGACGAGCUGGAUUAUCGGAUGAUUUUGCUGAGGCUCCUCCUCAGUUUAUGAGAGAAUUGCUGGACUUCUUGAAGCAGAGGUACGGAUCUAUCGAUAAUUAUUUUGAUGCUAUUGGAUUUGGCGAAGAACUUCGUGAGCGAGUACGAAAAGCAAUUUGUUUAAAUCAAUAAACUAUAAAAGUGUUUUUCCAACUAUAUUUUGCGUAAUCUCCUUCACAUGUUGUUGUCAUUGCAAUUCAGCUGACGAUUCUUUUAAAUUACGUAGCUCAUUGUAAAGCACAAAGUGCCCCAUUUUAUGACCAAACAAGAGAUAAAGUAGGAUAUUACAAGCCCCACCUGACGCUCUGUGUGAAAGAUAUCCUAAAUAAGAAAUUUUUUGUUUCCGUCCAUUGUAUGAUUUUUAUUGAAGGGAUUCCACUAAUUUGAUCUAUAUCGAUUUCGGAACAUUACCUUAAAAGGCUGCGCUGCCAUGGCAGGUUCCUUUGAUACAAAUAUCGUCAUGGUAAUAAAUAAACGGAAAGAGUAAAGAGUAAACAAUAAACAUACACAGAUACACAGAGGAAAAUAAAGUAAUUUUCUCACUGCGUUAUUAUUUCUUGUGUGCAAAGUAAAAAAGCCCUUGUGUUUAUUUUUAUCUAUGAUUUAUCGAACGUUCCUACGAUUGGAC